CUUACCUUCGUGCAGAGUCCUCCGAGUAACCCUUUACACUUGGAACAGCUGCCGCCGUGAGCCCUGCGUGACAACCCGGGGCCCAACGCCAGUAUAGCUCGACUGCGCUCGGUAUCCUCUCCUACGUCGGCUGCUCGUUUCGCAAACCGUCUUUCCCACCCGCACGCGUCGGCCAUCUGACAAGCGGCGCAGCUUUUUUUUUCAGUCGGCUGCGUCUGCUCUUCACAGUCGUGCGCAAGGCCUGCUGGUUGUAUCGUCUCUGCGGCCAAGCUAGCGUGGUUCGUGUGCUGACCUCUGUGUUUCUACGUGCAGAGUGUGCUUGCGUCGCUCGUAUAGCAGUUUUAGAAUAGGACGCGCAAAGAUAGCGUUUGUUGCGGGCGCGUUUCGUCACUUGACGCGGGUGCCCGCGAGGCUAUAUACCGUACGACGCAUGCGCUGUGAUGGCGAACGCUGACGCAGUGCUUUGCGUACCCUAUUACAAAGCUCUCUAGUGCGAGCAAGACGACAUGCAGACGAUUCCUCAAGCGUAUUCUGGCAGACGACGGCCUGACUGACGGCGGUGACGUCAAGUUCAUCAGGGACGUCUGUUUUGUUUUGACGAAGCAGCCAUGUUUCCGGCGACGUCGGCGGCUCGUUACGUGUUGUGCCUGAUCGCCGCUCUGCUGGCUGUGCUUGGGCGACAGACGGAAGUGGUUGUGCGCGGCGAAGACGGCUUAUCGUCGCGCGAUAUGGUUGUGGUCACUUCCGGUGCCAUGGUCGACCAAGAGAGGGAGCCGGGAUUCUGGGCGUCCUUCAGGACUUACAUGCUGGGCGAGCACUAUACGAGCAAGCAUGACUGGCAUCACCGUUUAUUCAAUCGCUACGUGCCCCUCUUCGGCGUCAUAACCUUGUCCCUGGUGGCGAUCGCCCUCUGCCUCAGCUACUGGUGUCAAGACCGCAACUCUCCGGAGACGGAGUCGUCCCGGGCGCAUCUGGAGGAGAUGCGCCGAAUGCAGUGCGGAGAGAGGGUCGCCAUGUACACCAUGCCGCCCAGCACCGACACCUACCCACAACACGGAUGCCCGGGACACGUAAGCCAG